GAAUAAUUUGGGAGGACAACUCACAACUCUUUCCAAGCAAAAGACGAGUAAUGAGUCAAUUAACCAUACAAGUUGCUCCAUAAUUAGUGCCAAAAAGUAUUCACACUAAAAUGUCAAUUAGAAUCAGAUCCAAGGACCCAUUUACAAGUCGGUGACUUACUUCACUUGCAUUUCUAAGCAAUUUUCACACACACACUUUGUCAUCAAAUUUAAUACAUUAUCAAUUGAUUUUUUGCUAUAUAAACUGGAGUUUCCUCUUCUAUUUGUUAAUCCAGCAAUUCAUCCCACCUAAAAUAAUCCCAAAAUUUUCUCCUCUUUAACACACAAUGUAUUCCUCUUCUUUGAAGUUCUUGCUUCCUUUGCUCCUCCUCCUCGUAGUUCCACGGAUUUCAGGAGACGACGGUGGACAGGAUGAUCCAGGGCAGCAGUGGUGCAUCGCGGAUGUGCAGACACCAGAUGAUGAAUUGCAGACAGCGAUAAACUGGGCGUGUGGACAGCAAGAUGUAAAGUGUGACAUGAUUCAAGAGAAUCAAUCAUGCUAUCAACCCAACACAACCAAAGAUCAUGCUGACUUUGUGUUCAACAGUUACUUUCAAAAUCAUAAAAACAAAGGUGGUAAUUGCUACUUCAAUGGUGCUGCCCUGAUCACUGAACAAGAUCCAAGUCAUGACAACUGCCACUUCGAAUAUCUUUCUUGAGAAUUACGUUUUAAUUUUUAUUUGUAAUACUUUUAAUUAUUAAUUUUACAUUCUUUAUAUGUCAAGUUGUAAAUGAGGUUUUGAAAAAGAAGCUAGAAGAAAGCUGAUGUUAUGUAAGAACAAAGUAGUUCACAUUGAUAUUGUAUGAACAAUGGAGUAGAAUAUUCAAUUGCAAACACAAAAUAAACAUAUUUUCCCUUAAUUUCAGUUC